AUGUUGGGCGCUACGCACGAUCCCAGACUGCUUUACAGCGUCAACAAUAUCCGCGCUUUUCAUAUCCAGGAUGGUGAGGAGCAGGAGUUGACCCCGUCGGGCCCUCAAACCCUCUCGCUGCUCAUGGUCCCGACAGCGGCAUCUACCCCGGAUUCCCCCCAUGCCGCCGGUGCGGACACACUGACUCCAGAGGAGGACUUCUAUCUUCACCUCUACAUUCCGCCAGAGCUUGAUCUUGCAUUGCCAGCUACGACACAGGUCUUUCACCAACCACCCGAUAGCUACUUGAUUCCCCGCUGGGAUCUGGCACCCGACGCGGGCGCCUUUAUUCGCAUUCAGUUCCCCGGCAUCGGCAGCGGCCCGAACAGUGUCUCACAAGACGACAUCGAUACCUUCGAGACUAUCCUCGCACAAUGCACCGCAUUCCUCGACCGUGCCCCGACCCCGGGCGGCAAAUCUGAUGGCUAUGCCGCCUACAACCCGGCUGACUAUGCACCUGGCGAGGGAUACGUCGGGUCUGGAGAUAGUAAGGGCGACAACAAGCAUGGCAGGAUCGUGCUCGUGGACGAGGAGGAUGGCAGUGUGGUUGGCGAAUUGGGCGAGGGGUACAAUGUGGUGGAGGACGCGGAUGUGAAACCUGGAUCUAAACGUCCGGUUGGAAUUGAGCUCCCUACUGAAGGUGAAGGUAACCGCGUCAGCGUAACCAACGUCUCCGAAGAAUACUUGGAAAUGUCGCGGCAUCCCGCAUACCAAAAUUCAACCAUCGUCCAGACCUCCGCCACAGCAUCCCGUCUGAUUGUGACCACCUCAUCGUACCUUGCCAACGCCCUCACCAGCGGUGCUGAGAGCUUCAUGAAGAAGACCAAACCCAACCCAAAGCCUGUAACGUUCUCCGAGGCCACGCAUGCCCGCAUCCGCAAGGUCGGCACUCUAUCCCACGGCGCGGCAGACUUCUCCUCCCGCACCCUGGGCCAAGUGGAACGAGUUGCGCAGAACCUGGGCGCGUCAAUGGCCCGCAAGGACGCCAAGCCGCGGAGCGUCGACAAGAAAAACCCACCGGCCGACUACAAGCCGGGCGUGUUGAACAAGUCGAUGAUCGCCUUCUCGACGCUGGCAGACGGCAUCCAGGAGAGUGCGCGCACCAUGCUGCUGACCGGCUCGCAGGCCGCCAGCACGAUGAUCGGGCACCGCUACGGCGUCGAAGCCGGCUCCGUCGCGAACAACCUGACCGGCGGCAUCAAGAAUGUCGGUCUGGUGUACAUCGACGCCACCGGCGUCAGCCGGCGCGCCCUGCUCAAGUCUGUGGCCAAGGGCAUGGUGGUGGGCCGCAUGCGUGACGGCAAGCAGGUGGUCGUUGGCGCGGGCGAUGGCGGCCAGGUGCCCCAGGGUGCCCAUACCAACCAUACCACCGCUGAGGCUGGGCCUUCUGCUCUGGGGGCGCGGGACCCGGUCGCGCGACGCCCGUCGCCCAACCCCACGCCGCCACCUGCGUAUGGCGCAUCGGGGACGAUGUCCCUGGGUGGGACGCCUUUAUCAGGAGCAAAGCGGUAA